GAUAUUAUUGGAGUGUGGAGCAAGCGGCCGGUCUGCAGUCGGAGACUUGCAGGCAGCAAAUACGGUGCGAACAAACUGGAGGGGGAAAAAAAAAAAUUAAAAAAGCUGAACGUGGAGCAGCCGGCCGGAGAUCGAGAAGGGGAAUCGAUGCGAGGAGCGCAAUACUAAUUUAAAAAAAAAUUUAAAACCAAAAAAAUAAUCCAAACCCAAACCCAUCUCGGAGCAAACAGCAUUUAAAAAGCUACCACUCAACUGAAAGCUAAAAUAAAACCUGCUCAUGCACCAUGGUUUUUCAAACUCGGCACCCUUCAUGGAUUAUUUUAUGCUACAUCUGGCUGCUCCGCUUUGCACACACCGGGGAGGCGCAGGCUGCAAAGGAAGUACUACUGCUGGAUUCUAAAGCACAACAAACAGAGUUGGAAUGGAUUUCCUCUCCACCCAAUGGGUGGGAAGAAAUUAGUGGUUUGGAUGAGAACUAUACCCCGAUCAGAACGUACCAGGUGUGCCAGGUCAUGGAGCCCAACCAAAACAACUGGCUGCGGACUAACUGGAUUUCGAAAGGGAAUGCACAAAGGAUUUUUGUAGAAUUGAAAUUUACCUUGAGGGAUUGUAACAGUCUUCCUGGAGUACUGGGAACUUGCAAGGAAACUUUUAAUUUGUACUAUUAUGAAACAGACUACGACACUGGCAGGAAUAUAAGAGAAAACCUCUAUGUAAAAAUAGACACCAUUGCUGCCGAUGAAAGUUUUACCCAAGGUGACCUCGGUGAAAGAAAGAUGAAGCUGAACACUGAGGUGAGAGAGAUUGGACCUUUGUCCAAAAAGGGAUUCUAUCUUGCCUUUCAGGAUGUAGGGGCUUGUAUAGCUUUGGUUUCUGUCAAAGUGUACUACAAGAAGUGCUGGUCCAUUAUUGAGAACUUAGCUAUCUUUCCAGAUACAGUGACUGGUUCAGAAUUUUCCUCUUUAGUGGAGGUUCGAGGGACAUGUGUCAGCAGUGCUGAAGAAGAAGCAGAAAACUCACCCAGGAUGCACUGCAGUGCCGAAGGAGAGUGGUUAGUGCCCAUUGGAAAAUGUAUCUGCAAAGCAGGAUACCAGCAAAAAGGGGACACAUGUGAACCCUGUGGCCGUGGGUUCUAUAAAUCUUCUUCUCAAGAUCUUCAGUGCUCUCGUUGUCCAACUCACAGUUUUUCUGAUAAAGAAGGUUCUUCAAGAUGUGAAUGUGAAGAUGGAUAUUAUAGGGCCCCUUCUGACCCAUCGUAUGUUGCAUGCACAAGGCCUCCAUCUGCACCACAAAACCUCAUUUUCAACAUCAACCAAACCACAGUAAGUUUGGAAUGGAGUCCUCCAGCUGACAAUGGCGGAAGAAAUGAUGUGACCUACAGAAUUUUGUGUAAACGGUGCAGUUGGGAGCAGGGUGAAUGCGUUCCCUGUGGGAGUAACAUCGGAUACAUGCCCCAGCAAACUGGAUUAGAGGAUAACUAUGUCACUGUCAUGGACCUGCUAGCCCAUGCAAAUUAUACUUUUGAAGUCGAAGCUGUAAAUGGAGUUUCUGACUUAAGCCGUUCCCAGAGGCUCUUUGCGGCUGUCAGUAUCACCACUGGCCAAGCAGCUCCCUCGCAAGUGAGCGGAGUAAUGAAGGAGAGAGUGCUGCAGAGGAGUGUGGAGCUUUCCUGGCAGGAACCAGAACAUCCCAAUGGAGUCAUCACCGAAUAUGAAAUCAAGUAUUACGAGAAAGAUCAAAGGGAACGGACCUAUUCGACAGUAAAAACCAAGUCUACUUCAGCCUCCAUUAAUAAUCUGAAACCAGGAACAGUGUAUGUUUUCCAGAUUCGUGCAUUUACAGCUGCUGGCUAUGGAAAUUACAGUCCCAGACUUGAUGUUGCAACACUAGAGGAAGCUACAGGUAAAAUGUUUGAAGCUACAGCCGUAUCCAGUGAACAAAAUCCUGUUAUUAUCAUUGCUGUGGUUGCAGUAGCAGGGACCAUAAUUUUGGUAUUUAUGGUCUUUGGUUUCAUCAUUGGAAGAAGACAUUGUGGAUAUAGUAAAGCUGACCAAGAGGGAGAUGAAGAACUUUACUUUCAUUUUAAAUUUCCAGGCACCAAAACCUACAUUGACCCUGAAACCUAUGAGGACCCAAAUAGAGCUGUCCAUCAGUUCGCCAAGGAGCUAGAUGCCUCCUGUAUUAAAAUUGAGCGUGUGAUUGGCGCAGGAGAAUUUGGAGAAGUCUGUAGUGGUCGACUGAAGCUCCCAGGGAAAAGAGAUGUUGCUGUGGCCAUCAAAACCCUGAAAGUUGGUUACACAGAGAAACAAAGGAGAGACUUUUUGUGUGAAGCAAGUAUCAUGGGGCAGUUUGACCAUCCGAAUGUUGUCCAUUUGGAAGGGGUUGUUACGAGAGGAAAGCCAGUCAUGAUUGUCAUAGAAUUUAUGGAAAAUGGAGCUCUAGAUGCAUUUCUCAGGAAACAUGAUGGACAAUUUACAGUCAUUCAACUCGUUGGAAUGCUGAGAGGAAUUGCUGCUGGAAUGAGAUAUUUGGCUGAUAUGGGAUAUGUUCACAGGGACCUUGCAGCUCGAAAUAUUCUUGUCAACAGCAAUCUUGUUUGUAAAGUGUCAGAUUUCGGUCUAUCCAGGGUUAUAGAGGAUGAUCCCGAAGCUGUCUAUACAACUACUGGUGGGAAAAUUCCAGUGAGGUGGACUGCACCUGAAGCUAUCCAGUACCGGAAAUUCACAUCAGCCAGUGAUGUAUGGAGCUAUGGAAUUGUCAUGUGGGAAGUUAUGUCUUAUGGAGAAAGACCUUACUGGGACAUGUCAAAUCAAGAUGUUAUUAAAGCAAUAGAAGAAGGUUAUCGUUUGCCUGCACCCAUGGACUGCCCAGCUGGUCUGCACCAGCUGAUGCUGGAUUGUUGGCAGAAGGAGCGUGCUGAAAGGCCAAAGUUUGAACAAAUUGUUGGAAUUCUAGACAAAAUGAUUAGGAAUCCAAAUAGUCUGAAAACACCCCUGGGAACAUGUAGUAGGCCAAUAAGCCCUCUUUUGGAUCAAAACACUCCAGACUUCACUGCCUUUUGUUCAGUUGGAGAAUGGCUACAAGCUAUUAAAAUGGAAAGAUAUAAAGAUAACUUCACAGCGGCUGGCUACAACUCCCUUGAAUCAGUGGCCAGGAUGACUAUUGAGGAUGUGAUGAGUUUAGGGAUCACACUCGUUGGCCAUCAGAAGAAAAUUAUGAGCAGCAUUCAGACUAUGAGAGCACAAAUGCUACAUUUACAUGGAACUGGUAUCCAAGUGUGAUAAGCAUUUCUCCCUUAUGAGGGAGAUUAUGGACUGCAAGAGAACAGUACUGGCUUUCAGUAUAUGCAUAGAAUGCUGCUAGAAGACAGAUGAUGUCCUGGGUCCUUCAUGCAGUGAAGAGAAAAAUUAAGAAGCACCUAUAGACUUGAACUCCUAAGUGCCACCAGAAUAUAUUAAAAAAAAAAGGGAAUUUAGGAUCCACCACUGGUGGCCAGGAAAACAGCAGUGACAAUAAACAAAGUACUACCUGAAAAACAUCCAAACACCUUGAGCUCUCUAACCUCCUUUUUAUCUUAUAGACUUUUUAAAAUGUACAUAAAGAAUUUAAGAAAGAAUAUAUUUGUCAAAUAAAAUCAUGAUCUUAUUGUUAAAUCAAUGAAAUAUUUUCCUUAAAUAUGUGAUUUCCGACUAUUCCUUUUUAAGAUCAUUUGUGUUUAUUCUUCAUAAGGACUUUGUUUUAGAAAGUUGUUUAUAGCUUUGGACCUUUUUAGUGUUAAUCGAUGACACAUUACUUAUUACACUGGGUACCUUUACCAGAAUCUCAAAUUUAAAACACACACACUCAUAUACGCAAACACACAGACA